AUGUCAAUCACUCGUCAAACUAUAACCCGUGCCCUUAGAGCAUCCCCUUUCAAGAGGUCACCUUCAUUUAUAACUUCUAUCAGAUUCAAUACCACCACAGCAGCCGAAUCACCAUCAUCGCCAGUAGUAGAUCCCAAAAUAACCCAAAUUGUUGACCAAAUCUCGACAUUGACACUUUUAGAAACAUCACAAUUAGUCAAUGAAUUGAAAACAAGACUCAACAUUAGCGAUAUUGCCUUACCAGUAGCUGGUGGUGCCGCUGGUGGUGUGGGAGGAGGUGCACAACAAGCUUCCCCAGCUGAAGAAGAAGAAGCCAAGCAACCGGUUGAAGAAAAGACUAUGUUUGCCAUCAAAUUGGAGAGUUUUGAUGCCAAGUCGAAACCAAAAGUUAUUAAAGAAGUUAAAGGAUUGUUAGGGUUGAGUUUGGUUGAAAGUAAAAAGUUUGUUGAAAGUGCACCAAAAGUAUUGAAGGAGAAUGUUGCCAAGGAAGAUGCUGAAAAGAUAAAAGCCACAUUGGAAGGAUUGGGAGCUAAAGUUGUUUUGGAGUAA